CAGCUCCCUCCCCAGGCAGGAGUGUCCCACGCGGAAGUCAAGUCACCGCUCAAUUUGCAUGAGACCUCGGGCAGAGGAUCCGGGGAAGCAAACCACGCUCUGCGGCAAAACCCCAGGAGCCUCUCAGCUUGUCCCACUCGCAGCCGCAGCUACAACAUCUGCCUGACAGCUCCUAAGAGACCUGCCAGGAGCAGCGAAAGGAGACAGGGAGAAAGACUUUCCAUUUCACCAUGCAGGAUGAAAUUCUGUUGACUCCCUGGAGAGAGUUUCCUGAUGAUUUGGACCCAUUUGCCGUGGAUGACCAGGAGUGGGAUUUCGUCCUUGUGAGUGACAUCCAUCAGAUGGGCAGCGAGAAGGAGAUCAAGAGGAAGAAGUUCCUGGACGAGCUGAGCAAGAAGGGGUUCACCAUCAAGAAAAUUGAGGACAGGAAGCUGUUUCAUGGGGUCCAUGCCCCAAAAUGGAUCUUCCGGAAAUACCGAUGGCUCCUGAGAAACCCAGACAGCAGGUUACAAAGCUCCGAUGCCAAUCAUGAUGUGCCGGUGACCACCAGGAUACGGAUCGUGAACUUCGUCCUGCAGAACACGGUGACUCCUGACCUCGAGAAGCUGCGUGACCUGAUGAAAAAGAACGUCUUUGAGGCAGCAUUUCCGCUGCACAAGAAAGAAGAGAAAAGCUUAUUCCUAAAGCAGAAAUGGGCUCGAUGGAGAGAUAUAUUUUGUCAACAGCCAAUUGAGAAUAUCAGAGGUUAUUUCGGCGAGAAGGUGGCCCUGUACUUUGCCUGGCUGGGUUGGUACACCUACCUGCUGGGAAUCGCUGCAGUGGUCGGACUGCUGGUCUUCGUGGCUGGGAUUACAGUUUUCAGCUCCAGCCAGGUGAGCAAGGAGAUCUGUGAAGCCAAUACAACCAUCAUGUGCCCGCUCUGUGAUGAGAAGUGCCCGUUCUGGCUGCUCUCUGACACCUGCACCUACGCCAAGGUCACUCACAUGAUUGACAACGAGGGGACAGUUUUGUUUGCCGUGUUCAUGGCAAUCUGGGCCACUGUGUUCCUGGAGCUGUGGAAGAGACAGAGGGCCACUGUGGUCACCAGCUGGGACCUGUACAUGUGGGAUGAGGAUGAGGAGGAACUGGCUAUGGAGCUGAUCAAUAACCCCCUGCAUGAACCCAAGCGGUACCAGCACUCCUACUUCCGCAGCACUGUCGUGCUUCUCUUGGUUCUGCUCAUGAUUGCCGUGCUGAUCGGCAUCGCCCAUGCGCUGGUCAUUUACCGGGUGAUGGCAAUGGCUCUCUUCACCCAGAGCAGCUUCGAGUUCAUCCGGGAGCAGGCCAACACAGUAGCGGUGGUGACAGGGGCCGUGCUACACUACCUCACCAUUGUCAUCAUGACCAAGGUACGGAGCGCGAUGCGGAGGGAACAGUGGGCUUGUUCUCUUGCCAUCAACUCUCCCCUCUCAUUUUACACCUCUCUCCUGCAGGUCAACAGGCGUGUGGCCCUCUAUCUCUGUGACCUGGAGAAACCACGGACCUUCUCCCAGCGUGAGAACAACUUCACCAUGAAGAUCUUCACCUUCCAGUUCUUCACAAACUUCUCUUCACUCAUCUACAUCGCCUUCUUCCUGGGGCGGGUCAAUGGCCGCCCAGGAAACUACGUGCGCAUCGCCGGCAAGUGGAGACUGGAGGAGUGCCACCCCAGCGGCUGCAUCACCGACCUCUUCAUCCAGAUGGCCAUCAUCAUGAUGCUCAAGCAGACCAUCAGCAACUUCAUGGAGUACCUCAUCCCCUGGCUAACCUACAAGCUACGCAAGAGGCAGAAGCACCCCAAGAAAAGAAACAUGAUGUUGGGAGAGGAAGAGGAGGCCGAGGACCCCUGCAAAGAGCUGUGGAUGAGCAACUAUCAGCUCAACGAAGUCAACAUCUUCAGCCUGUUUGACGAGUUCUUGGAGAUGGUGAUCCAGUACAGCUUCACCACCAUUUUUGUUGCUGCCUUUCCACUCGCCCCGCUGCUGGCGUUCUUCAACAACCUCUUCGAGAUCCGCCUGGAUGCCAUCAAGAUGAUACAGUUGCGCCGGCGCAUGGUGCCCAGGAAGGCCAAUGAUAUCGGAAUCUGGCUGCAGGUCCUGGAGGCCAUCGGCAUCUUGGCUGUCAUCGGCAACGGACUGGUGAUCGCCAUCACAUCCGACUUCAUUCCCAUGCAGGUCUACAAGUACACGUACAGCCCCUGCCUGACAGACAACAGCACGACCGUGGACUGCUCAACAGGCUACAUCAACCACAGCCUCUCCAUCUUCCACAUCCAGGACUUUGAGCCACACAUGAAGUUGCCUGAAAAGCUACCAGACUUUGUUAGGCAUGAGAUCACGGAGUGCAGGUACCGAGAUUACAGGAACGCUGACGACUACAGCUACACCGUCCAGUUCUGGCACGUGUUCGCAGCCCGGCUUGCCUUCCUCAUCCUCUUUGAGCACGUGGCUCUGUGCGUCAAACUAAUCGCAGCCUGGUAUGUCCCCGACGUCCCCCAAUCAGUCAAUAAUUUUAUUCUGGAUGAAAAAUACAGCAAACUUCAGAAAGAACUGAGCAUGAUGGAGUACUCUACCGACGUGUAGCGUGACUCACCGAAGAGAAGGAGAAACACAGACCUGAGACCCCCUCCCCAGCCUAACAGUGCCACAGGCAUAGGAGAUACCGCCGCGGCACUGCCCACAGAGACACAGUUCCCCAGCUGUAACUGAGUUUGGACUUGAACUGCGAAGCGACGACGUGAUAGUGGCUUUGCAGGAGCAGAGUGCUCUGAAAUGUGCACAACCGUGAGGAGACACAGCGGACACAGGGAUGGUGCCUUUCCAGGACUCCAAAUAGCCGGGGAAAAGCUUUCCCACUCUUAACAAACCACGGUGCAUUGGAAGCUGUGGAGGAGAUAAGGACCUACAGCUGGCCCAGGGAAGGGGUAGCCCCACUGGCACAGCCUUGCGGGUCCCUGUUAUACCAGCGAUUCGAGCUUGGUGGCACCUCAGAAAGACCUACUGUGGCGUGGCCACCUUCCUCGGUGCCCUGCAAAGAGCCCGGUUUGUUCAGCAGCAUCCCAGCAGCCGUCAGGCGAACACAACACUGAUCUGCAGAAGACGAUCUGGCUUUUCCAUCGGUCACUGCCUUGAUGUGCAAUUCAGUGUCAAAGAGACCUAGCAGGAAAAGCCCGCUAGCCCAUUCCAGGCUCACUUUCCAUCUCUUUUUCGCACUUUGGCUCUUCUUCUUCUGCCUUCAGUGGCCUCACUGCUCCCUCAUCACUGCAGAAACUUCAGUCCUUUCUCUUUCACGACAGCCAGCACAAUCCAACCCUCAUGACGACUACCGUACGGCUGCAGCUCCAACCCACUGCUUUCAUGGACUCUGGAGAAACGCAAUUGUUAGCAGGAUUGUCUUUUGCACUGGGGCUCUGCCAAGCCAGCGCAGCUGCUGUAAGAAUGCCCAGCAGUUGUGGCUGACCCAACUACAACGAGCAAAAUGGUAAAUAAACAUAAUACCCGCGCAGACACAAGCAGCCCAAUCUUCAGCUGCCAUGAGUCACUAUUCCCACUGAAAUUGCUUGUGCCCUCUGCUUUGUCAUCUACAUCACUCGAAGGAAUUUCCCCCCCACCCUAUUUUCUUAAUAUGGAUAAUCAAAAAAGGCUGAACCUCAAGCAUUUGUGCUUAGCGUGGA